AUGGCCGGCUCAACAGUCCUCGCCGCACUGAAGCUGCUCAGUUCAGCUCUUUUACUGUCUCAGUUAUGCGCUGCUACCCCUGUGAAACUGGAGGAGCGUCAAGCAUACGCAAUGAUCGGAGAUGGCUUUGAGGAAGCGACUAUGACUCUGGGCAGCUACUACAACUACUGGUCCAUCACCAACGGCACUUAUGACUUGACUCGAAGCCAGCGGGCCCCAACCACAAGCCCCAAGACCCUUCCGAUGAUGGGCGACCGUAAGGCCAUCAAGAUCGAGCCGAACCGCACCGCUCUGGUCAUCAUCGACAUGCAAAACUUCUUCCUGCACCCGGAACUCUCUCCAGGAGCUGUUGAUGGUCGUGGUGCCGUCGCGCCGACCGUUAGGAUGAUCGAGGGAUUCCGCAAGCACGGCAUGAAGGUCCUCUGGGUCAACUGGGGUCUGACCGAGUAUGACCUCUUGACGAUCCCUCCUGCUUUCAAAGCCGGCUUCAGCGGCGGCAGUAACCUGGCCAAUGAGACCUUCGGGAGCGACAUGGGCACUCUCAAGGAGAACGGUACCACGAUCGAAGUCGGCAGGAUGUUGAUGCGAGGUUCCUGGAAUGCCGAACCAUAUGGCGUUCUGGGCACGAUGAAGGACGAGGGCAUCAAGGCAGGCACCGAUCUGUGGUUCGACAAGAACCGCCUGUCCGGGCUGUGGGGCCCACAGACUCCCUUGGGGCUGUGGCUGCAGGAGAACGAGGUGUCGACUCUCUUCUUCGGUGGUGUCAACGCUGAUCAGUGCGUUUGGUCGACGCUCGUCGACGCCUACUUCAAGGGUUAUGACGUGGUGUACGUCGACGACAUCUCGCAGACAACCAGCCCCUCGUACGCCGUGAAUAUGACAAGAUACAACGCUCAGGGAUAUGGUGAGUUUCCUCAAGUGAAAUGGCAGAAACAAAGCUGA